AUGCUGUCCAACAUCGACGAGCGCGAGAACCUGGCUCACAUGGAGCGCGGCGAGCUCUAUUACGCGUUUACACCAGAACUUGUUGCUGCGAGGAAACGAUGCAGCCGUGCUGUUAAUCGACUGAACAGUGCUGGUGAACUGAGCAGGCGAGAAAUCGCCCAGUUCUGGAAAGAAAUCACCAAUGACCCUCGAGACCUCCCACCACCGGCUGCCACAGAAGACGAAGAGGACACAGUAUUGCAUGAAUAUCCCUGGAUCGAACGACCGAUCAACAUUGACUACGGCACGAACGUCAAAGUCGGAAGCAAUGUCUUUAUCAACUUCAACUGCACAAUCCUGGAUACAUGCACAGUAUCCAUAGGAUCACGGACGCUUAUUGGUCCCAACGUUUCUUUCUUCAGCGGGACACACCCAGUUGAUCCGGACGUCCGCAAUGGAACAUACGGACCGGAGAUGGGUGGCUGUGUUACCAUCGGCCAGGACUGCUGGAUCGCCGGCAAUGUCAUCAUCCUGCCUGGAGUUACGGUCGGCGAUGGCUGUACCAUUGGGGCGGGGAGUGUUGUGACAAAGAAUCUUGCGCAAGAUUGA